AUGUUCAAGUACAUUGGUACAUUGCAGUGUGUCCACAACAUUCUACAGGAGUUCUCAUUGACCUGGCAGGCCAUCGGGACAUACAAAUUGUCCGACUUGCUGCAAAUCACGCACGAGGGGCGCCAGACAGAUUGGGGAUUUGGCGCAUCAGCAGCCAUCAAGGCACUGCGUUGGUUACAGAAGACUUUACAAAUUCCGGCUUGGAGUACUUUGCAUGGACCAGUUGUCAAUUCAUUUUUGAAUCCAACAAUUCAUGAACGUAAGGAAGCCAUUCCUUUGAGCCUCUUCAUCGUCACACAGUGGGAACGACGAUUACUGAUGAAGGACUGUCCUUUACAGGAUCAGGUCGUUCUGGGUGGCUUCCUUUGUAUGCUGUGGGCAGGCCUGAGAUUCUCAGAUGGACAGCGUAUCAACUUGCAAUCAUUAUCAUGGUGCAUCACGGCACUGCGUGGCUCAUGCUUUCAGACCAAAACAACUAAAUCCGGCCAACCUUGGGCCCUGCAGGCGAGGGGUUUCCUGUCUCGAGGCGAUUGGUCAUGGACAGCUCAGUGGUUGGUGGCGCUGGAUACCAUUUGGGGACCGAUGCACAACGCUCAGACUGCCUGUGAUUUUUUGCUUCCCAUGACAUUGGACACUGGGUUUGUGCAGCCUAUGAUUCCCAUGAGUUACUCUCAAGCAUUGAAGCGGAUGCGAUUUAUGUGCACACUGCCCUGGAAACUUUCAGACACACCCAUGUCUGCCAAUCCAAAUGAUUAUACGUUACAUUCAUUGAAGACCACUACUUUGUCCUGGUCCAAUCAGUUGGCCCAGCAGGGCCUCGUGACGGAGGAGCAGCGACACCUCCAAGGCCACCAUCGACGUGGCAGCAUGCGCCUCUACAGCCGGGAUGACACCGCCGGCCAGCUGGCACUGCAGGACACCCUCAGCACCCAAGUGCAAUCUGGAUAUCGAUUUGUGACACCGUUGCAUCGUGGAUCACAGCAACCGAUCCGAGAACCCCCAGUCAAAUUAGAAAGCUUUUCCAAGUCAUACCAAGAGCACCGAUGGACAUUUUUUCCAUUCAACAACGCUGUCAAAGACCCUCUGUUGAAAGGUCAGCCAACGGCACUUGCCACCAUUGACUCAGGGGACGAGAUCACGGUGGAAAGCAUCGAACCUAACCUCCAUGCAGAUGUGGCUCCAGGCUCCAACAUCGAUUCACUCAAGGAGGGAUGGACAUCCCAAAAUUUCGCAAUGGUAGUUAAUUCCAAAGAAGAGUUCAAUGAAGGCAUUUGGGACCAGUUGUGCAAUUCACCAAUUUCUUUGGUGCAGCGUUCAAACCUGAAGGUGGCUUGGCAACAGUUGCAACCUGACUCUACUAGCACCAGUCGGGACUCCAACAUUGCUGGCAUGACGACAGCAUCAGCUCCUGAAGGAUCAUGGUCUGAAUCUUUCGCCCCCAAGCUUCAGGCGAACACAGUUUCGAAAUUGAAGAAACAAUUUUUGGAAGACUAUCCAUCAGAAGUUCUUAGCCCAGACACGAUGCCCAGUUCUCGAUUGCUUUCGAUGGCGUUUCAGCAUCAUAGCAAACGUGAGUAUCCAUGGAUCCCUUGGCGUUAUCGAAUGUCACAAUCCAAAAUGGAUGAUAUGGUGAUUUACCAUAAGCCCAAAGUCCCCCGCAUUGAGGGUCUUCAAUUACACCAGUUGUUGCUGGACGAACCUCCGGCCUUGGACAUCAACAACACUGGGAUGGGCGUGAACGCAAUCCGCAACAUGAUGGAUAUUCACAACACUGCGAUGGCGUUAGUGGGAGCAUGUCACCUCCAACGAUUGCGGGCAUACUCCUUACGCUUCAUGAGCUUCUUGACCCAGCGUCUGGACGGAGAUUCUGGACUCCGGACGCCGAACGUACUGGAGGCACAGGCAGCAGACAAACAACUAUGGAAUCUGAUUCACGAAUUGGUGUUGGAUCAAGGAUUUACAUUGGACAACGCCUUACACGAGGUGACUCACCUGAGGGCGGACAUGGCCUCCCUUUUGCAGCCAAGAGCCAAGGUCACCUCACGACCUAUGGGUACAAUCUCAUCUUCGGCUUCGACCACCACAGCCCCCAAGGGCAAGAGUAAAGGAAAAGGAAAGUCCAAAUCCAUUGGCAAGAACACCAAAGGCGAAGCUCAAGGACGACCAACUUGGGUGACAGAAGCAAUGAUUCAGGGCAAGAAGCAGCAGCUCUGUAUGCAAUUCCAAUCUGGUCGCUGUCAGAAGGGUGACCUCUGCAAGUUUGGCCACUUCUGGGCCGCCCCAAACUGUGGUGAGUACAGCCGACUCAAACUGAAGCCUCAUGGACCACCAGCAUUGCGGACACCUGAGUUUAUGCAAGGCCUUCCUGGUCUCACUCCAGCCCAACUUGACCGAGUCCAAGCGAGCUAUGAACUGAUGACCCGAUGCGUUUUGUGCUUGGAAUUGGUUUACUCUGCAGGAUCCAUUUGCAAUCACCCCAAAGACUCCCAUGAACCCAUUUCUGGCGUUCGACAUGCGGAUGGAACCUUUAAGAGCCGCGACACUGCUGAAUACCCGGAACCAAUGUGUGCGGCGAUUGCCAACUUGAUUGCACCACUCUGCGCUUCUGACACUGGUCAACAACUGACAUGGACAACAGUACAACAAUGCAUCCCUGUGAAGGGUUAUUGUGAUUUUCCGGUGAGUUAUGAAGAUGGUGGUGGCCUCAACUCUGAACCCGAUUGGAGUCGUCCACAUCGGGCUACUCCUGACAGCUUGAAGCAACUUCGACAAGACUGGGUUCAAUUGAUCCUUCACAAUGGGAUGCUGGACAAAAUGCAAGCAUUUUUUCGGGCCCAUGAAGCCCAACCACCCUUUUCUGCAGAAGACUUGGCUCCAUUUCGACACUCCCUGGAACGUUUUAUACAAUCUCAUGGCAUGAUUGCAGACUGGAGCAUUCGCAUGGACCAACCCAUGCACCUUGAGAUUAUGGCGGCCAUUUCAAGAAUUAUGCAAGACAAGGACAAUUCCCUGUUUGAUAUGUUACGACAUGGAGCUCCGACAGGAAUCCAAUCGGAUAUCCCACCUUCAACCAUUUUUCCUCGUGCAGAAGACAAAGCAGAUGAUUCCAUCCCUUUAUCCAUCCACAUGACUAACUGGCAAUCUGCAGAAUCAGACUUGGAGACCACUCGUGACUUGGUCAACCAAGAGCUGGAAAAGGGAUGGAUCUACGAGUAUCAUGGCACCUUGGCAGAUGCACAAGCAGAAUUUGGGGACAAGUUAGCCAUUGGACGUCUCGGCCUUGCUCUCAGCGAUCAUCGGCCCCCUCGCUUAGUUGUUGACUCAUCAAUAUGCCAUUGGCGUAACGUCAUGGCUUGUCUGGACAAUGAUUUGAAAUUUACCAGUACACCCACAGGCCAAAACAACUUUGGACUGGCGAGUGCGCAGCUGACGCAUGUGCUCAUGGCGACUUGGUUGGACCUGGAUCCAAGCCCGGAACUAGAAUUGCCUUGGGAAAAGGGCAUUUGGGGAAGUAUCUUUUGCAACAAACCAUUAUGCGUCAGCCCUCAACGGAAAUGGAAGCGUUUGGCUUGCCCAGCAGACCCGCAGCGGGAGCAACCGGAGAAGCCUACAAAGAUGCCCAGGCGAAUUUUGGUGGCUGACCAUUGGAGGCAAAUCGUUGCCAAUACAGAUGCAAUUUCUUGGAAAGAAGACCAAGAGGCCAAGAUGGAUGUUGCUCUGAAAAGAUGGUUUGACAUCAUUUCGCAGUUUCCUGAAAUUCACGAAACAGUGAAGCAGUUACAUCUCCUAGCAGGUCUCACCGAACAACUUCGUAUGCUCAGGGAUAUUUUAUCAGGGAAGGCUCCAGCCACGUUGAUCAAGAGAGCCAACUCCAUGCUCAAGUACAUUGAGAAGCUAAGAGAGGCCAAGGUCCAAGUUCCAGGCGACGAGUCUUUCCUAUACGCGUAUUUUUGUGACCUGAGAAACAGCGGCAUUGCCUUGAGUAGACUCAGAUCUAUUGUGGAAGCCAUUAGGUCAAGAUGGAUGGACAUGCAGCACACCGACGAGGUGGUGAUGGACCCGGACCCCAAUGAUCCAGUUUUUGUCGAGCUCAAGAUCAAGGAGUUCAAGACCAAGAAAGCGAACGCCUGGAGAGGUGGAGUCAUGGCAGCAGUUGGUCCAGCACUAGGAGUCGUGCAGGGCAACUGGGUCAGAACUUGGUGGGAGCUCCGACAACAGCUGGGCGAUCAAUUUGGGUCAGGUGUACCUUUGAUGCCAGCACCUGAUGGCGAGGGGUCAGCAACAGUUCGGCCACUCAGCACAGAGGAGUUCAGCAAGUGGGUCAAAAUGAUCCUGGACAGGAAUGGGGGUUUGCCAGAGGAUUGCAAGAUUUCAAGCCACUCAUGUAAGGCUACGUUGCUCAGCUUUCUGGCGAAGUUUGGUGCCUCCAUACCCCACAGGGAAAUCUUGGGUGGCCACACAGGCCGCAUGAAGUCGGUGUUGACCUACUCCAGGGAUUCACUUGCAAGUCCCUUGAGGGUGCUGAGCCACAUGCUGGAGCGCAUAUGGCAAGGAUCCUUCAACCCGAACGCGACCAGAUCAGGAAUGAUGACAGCAGAGGUCAAGGUUGAAGUCCUUUCAGUUGGUGAGGACGAUGAAACAUGGGAGGCAGUCGAUCGGCAGCAGCAGGACCUCGAUGAGGAGGCAGGAGAGGACCUUGGGUCAGGCAGUGACACCUCUUCGAGUUCAGAAGAGGAACAAGCUGCGGCGACGCAUGCAGCCCGUAUGGUCAGUGCUCCAAAGGCCCCGGCUGGGACAGAAUUGAGACAGCAUCCUAAGUCCAGGAUGCUCCAUCUGAUCCAAGAGGACCACAAGCGGUAUUUGCUUUGUGGCCGAAAGGUCGAAAUGGCCAACGGAAGCCUUUAUAAACCACCGGCGUCUCUCAGGGUGAUGGCGCUCAUUGACUCCGAGAAGGCUUUUCAGAAACGGUGUGAAGAGAUGCACGAUGGACUAUUUGAGAAGCUACAGGGUCAAAACAUUGGAUCUUUUUCGACGCUUGCUUUCGCUUUGGGCAGCCCGCAGAACCCAGUUUCAGAUGAUGAAUUCACCAAACUGGCAGAUGCGGUGUUUGAAACUCAGUCUACAUUGGGUACGACAGCAAUCCUCAGAAGGUUGCACUCUGAGUCUUGCACCCUCCUUAUUGCUGAGAUGAAGACUCAGUCUGCACGUGCAGAUGCUUCGGAGCCGAUUCGAAAGCUCCCGUUCAUCGAGAAGCAGAGCAGACUUGAUGCCCAGAAGAAGAGAUUGCCAGGAUUACCGCACACACCAGAGCAACAACCCGCUCAUGCUCUCAUAGACGCAGCUUACAAUGUGCUGGAAAGUGGGAGUAUUACGUACCUGCACCCCAGCAGGUGCCACUCCAGGGAGAGCGAGGUGCAGACAGAGGCGAAAAACAAGUCGAAGACAAUGAUCACACUGGAGCAAGGGGCAUUGAAGCAGACGGUGGUCUCGAACUUGCAGGACAUUGACACCAGCACGGAACUCAAGUUGUAUUUCGCGCUCCAAAGGCGCCACCUGGCGUUUGACCUUGUGAAUUUGCUAUCGUGGAGCGUGUGCCAGAAGUGGUUGGACAAAUUGAUGUCCACCCUGGUCUCUGACGCCCCCAGCAACUUCAGUGCUAUCACCUUGACUCAAGUGAUGCGAGCGGACAGAGAAAUUUUCUCAAUUUUGGCGUCAGAACACAAGGGGUCGCUCAAGGCAACAACCGGGGGCAGACCACCUCUUGAGGAGCCCUUUGAAAGGUUGAUGCACGACCCUAGGAUCAACGUGCACCUGAUAGCAAUGCCAAAGGUGACGGCGCAGCAACCUCCGAAGAGACCAUUGGAGGCGGAACCGAGCCGGCCAAGCCCAGUCCCGAAGAAACCUUUCAAGCGCCCAAGAUCGACAGACAAGCCGGCUCCACAGUUGCCGGAUGAGCUUGCAGGUUUGGCCCGAAAGACCGAGUCAGGAAAGCCGAUGUGUUGGCAUUUCAACAUGUCCAAGGGCUGCAACAACCCGGUCAAGGGCGGCCGAUGCAGGGAGCGGAAGGUUCCCGGCAUUUCCAAUCCGCCUAGACCUCUCCGUAGCGAAUCAUACCCGGACGGGCUAGCAGGAUUGACCGAACAAGAACACCAAAGGGUUCUGGAAGCAAAUGCAUCCUACUCAGCUAUGGUCGAGCUUAUUUUGUUUCUCAUUGGGCUGGGCACCGCGGUUACAGUCGAAAACCCACUCAACAGUCUUUUUUGGCUGACAAGUUUCAUGGUGAAGCUGUUUGACCAGUACCCUGGCCAUUCUCCAAUUUUGCAGCAUUGCAUGCAUGGUGGAACCAGGGACAAGAAGUCAAAAUUUUGGUCGUACAACCCAAGGAAGCCAGACACAAAUAUUCUGGAAAGUUUGGGGAUUCUUUGCGAUGGACAGCAUCAACAUGAGUCCUGGAAACCGCGCUGGGUCAACGGCAAACUAUUCUUCCCGACAGCAGAAGAAGCCGCUUACCCUACAAUUUUGUGCCAAAGGUUUGCGUCAAUUUGCUUGAACGAAGCCAAGAUUCGUGGCCUUAGCCCUUGCCAGAGUCUGCAGCAACAGCUUAUGGUGGAUCCAAGCGUUGGGAAACGGAAUUUAUUUGCAGCACAAAGCAGGGGCAACAAGCUGAAACAGGUUUUAGCCGAAUAUGGCCGGGAAUUCAAAACAGCUAUUCCCGUCGGCUACCAAGACAUUGAAAAGUUGUUGCAAGCAUUCCCAAAAGGUACCAACGUUAUCCAUCGUCAAUUGCAUUGGGGGUUCACACGGGACGAAUGGAGAAGGAAGUCAAACAAUUGGGCUGCCUCGAUUGAAGAAGGGGCGCAUUUCGAAGUUCUCACUCUUGGAAUCCCAAGGGACCCAUCGGACUUCAUCAAGGAUGCCCACGCAAUAGGUCAUCCAAGGCGAGCCUUUGCUAGAGUUCCCGCAUUGAUGAAGGAAGUCCUUGAGGAGGUCUUCCUUAGCAGCCCGUUUGAGAUCAAGGCCAAGCGUGCCAACUUCCUGAAAAAAUGGAUGAGAAGAGCCGUCCAGCUCAGAGCAGAAGAGCAGCAACUCCAUGCCAGUCUCCCGGCGCACCUUCAACCUUUGCUUAAAGACAGAAAGCUACUGUUGUGGAGAGAGAUUCUGCAGGACCUUGAGUACCCGGACGCGAAGAUCGUUGAUGAAAUCUGUCAGGGUUUUCCCCUGACGGGGUGGGCCCAGUCUUCGGGCGUCUUCCAGACGAGAGUGAAGCCACCGGACCUCUUUGAUGGAACAGUUGAAGGUAUGGCGAAGGGCCUAAACAUGGCGGUUGUGGCCUCCCUGGAAUCAUCUGACUGGAUGCCGGUUGACCAGGUAGCGUGGGAUGAAACCAUGCAAGAGGUGGCAAACGGCUGGUUGGCUGAAGAACCUCACCCUAACCUGGGCAAACAAUUCAUAGCGAAGAGGUUCCCAAUUCAACAGAAAGAGAAGACACGUCUCAUCGAUGACUUCUCGAUCUGUGGGGUAAAUUCGGCCUUUGGCAUGUCAGAAAAGCUGAGGGUUGACGCCAUAGAUGAAAUAUUGGCAGGAAUCUCUGUCCUACUUGACUCCCAAAGUUUUGCAAACGAUGGCAGAGGACUUUUGGGAAGGACAUUUGAUUUGAAGUCAGCCUACAAGCAAUUUGGGGUGGAUGUACCACACUCGGAGAGGCUCAGAAUCGCGGUGAAGAAACCUGGUGGCGGAGUCGCAUUUUUCAGGGUUUUGGCGUUACCCUUCGGGGCCACUGGCAGUGUUUCGGCUUUCCUCAGGAUUUCGUCUGCGAUUGCGUUCAUAGGUUCGAAGGGUCUUUGCAUUCCCUGGUCAGUGUUCUUCGACGACUACACUGCUCUCUCACCGUCAGGUCUUGAGCUGGACACCACAUUUUAUGCGGAAGCUUUGUUCAAGCUGCUUGGUAUAAACUUUGCCUCAGAGGGAUCGAAGGCGCCCCCGUUUUCAGAAUGCUUCAAGACUUUGGGGCUGGUGGUCAACGCAGAGAACGUGGGGAGCCGAGAGGUCAAAGUUGGACACACGGAGGAGAGGUCGAAGGAACUUCUCGAAUACAUUGACGAAGUCCUAAGCCAGAACUUCGUGGGAACCAAGUCCUGUCGUGGCACUCAAGGAAGCCGGGUCCGUCGAUCCGCGUGGACAAUCAGCUUAUAG